AUGGCAGACAUCAGACCAAACAACAUACUUAUUAACUAUGACAUGACAACCGACGGAAUUCUUAACAUCAAGAAAACCCUUAUCGCCGACCUCGAAGAUUCAUUUAUACUUCUUCCAGGUCAAUGCAUAACGGGCGGCAGAUGUGGAAACCAAUUUUGGCGCAGCCCUGAAUCCUGGGGCAAAGGAAGACAAAGCAUGCUAUCAGACAUCUUUUCCAUGGGUAUAGUUGCCAUCUACAUCAUGAACAAGCAAAUGAUAUUCUACGACGGUUUAAAAGAUGAAGAUUUUGUCGACGGCGAGGCCUGUGACCAAAUUUUAAGGAGACAUAUCUCGUAUUUCUGGGAUGAAAAUGAUUUUACGGCACUUUUGGAGUAUAUUGGGGAGGAUAAUCCGUUUCAUGAUCGUCUUAUUGAUAUUUUCAAUAACACCAAGAACCCGAGACCGCCUUUUCGAAAUUGGAUAAAGAUCGAUGCGGAACUUAGAGAUUUGGUUGUGAAGAUGGUGAGGUUGGAUCCAAGGGGUAGGAUUAGUGCAAGAGAGGCUUUGAAACAUUCGUUUUUUGACGGAAUUGGUUGA